CAAAAUCACGAACGUCGACCUCCAUUACACUAAUAUUUUUCUUCUCCUCUGCAGAUUUGCUCCGCGACAUUUAUGUAGCUGCUCUCUUCUUCGAUUUUGCCCCCUUCUUGUCCUUUUGGUCAAGCACUGAAGACGGAGAAAUCCCGCCUGAAGAGGAUUUGUAGCUGUCGGAAUUUGUCCGGGAGGAAAAACCCUAGAAACUCAGAUUGUACCCAGGAAGGGAAUUUAACCUAACCCUGGCCCUAGAAUUUGUAUUUCUCGGGUAAUCUCGACUGCUUCGUGUUUGUCGCCACGUUUUGUUCGACCAUUUAUCACGUUCUAUUGUACUUUUUCCAGUCUUUUGGGAACAACCGACCAAGCAAAGAUGGAAUGAGAGUGUUCGUGUUCGUGUUCAUUUAAUUAUAUAGAUAUAAGAACAGUAGGGAGGAGGGUAAAAUGAGUAGGUUAUCUUUUCGACCUCGUCCCUUGGAUAUACACAAGAAGCUUCCUAUUUUAAAAUCGGUCAGAGACUUCGAAGAUGAUGAUACGCCUACUUCUACCACUAGGAAUUCUCAGUUGCUACGAAUAGCUUCCGUGGAGACUGACCAUGAGGUGCCUCAAGUGCCCAGCAAGAAAUUGGCUGCGGAAAUACCUACACCUCAGUUUGUCGUUGUGGAUACAUAUGAAAGGGACUAUUCACGGACUUUCAGUCAGCCUACUUCUUACUCACGUGCACGAGGAGCCCGAGCUGAGCUUGGAGAAUUUGUGGAGUAUGACCUAGACAACGAGGAUGAUGACUGGCUUGAUCAUUUUAACAAGGAUAAGAAGAUUCUGUCACCUGAAAAGUUCGAGAGCAUUCUUUUUAAACUAGAGGUGUUGGAUCACAAAGCACGGGAAAGAGCUGGAGUUAUCACACCUACUCUUGGUUCACCAGUUCCAGUGCUUCUGCAGUUUGAUGCUGCUAUUGAGGCAUUGCAAUCCUUGUCCAUUAAAUAUGGGGUUUUCCAGGCUAUUUUCAACUAUUGGAAAGAUAAGCGUGAAAGAUGGCAGAAGCCUAUUUUACGGCGUUUACAGCCUCCUCCACCUGUUAAUGACACCAAUCCAUACAACGUGUUUAGGCCCAGGGAAAAAGCCCACAGACUCCACACGAGAAGGAUGCAGAGGAGAGAAAACAAUGUGCAGUCAUUUGAAAAGCUUCGCCAGGUCAGACGCAAUCUUGACCAAGCAAAGACCAUUCUCGAGGCCCUCAUUAAGAGAGAAGAAAAGAAGAGGGAUGUCAUGGAGAGUGAGGUUAGCCUUCAAAGGAUCCAACUCAAAUACAAGCACGAAACCGAGCUCCUAGAAGACAGCUUGGCACUUCCUGGUUUUACUCCUACAUCUUACAGAUUUGGUUCGAGCGAGGAUGAAUUUAUGGAUUCAGAUGAUCACGCGAGCAUUCGGGCACGCUCAAGACCUUCCACUGUCCCUCAUCAACGUUUUGCCGAACCAAAUCUGGCUAUAUCUCAAGCUGGUGGCCCAAGGCAAGAGUUCAGGAGACGGGACUCGCUCCGUGGAUGGCAUAACAGACUGGAUCCUAAUGAGCCUGUAUUGCUGUUCACGAAACCACUUAUCCCCGAAAAACUGGCUGCUGCGGGUAUUGUCCCUCCAUCGUCAUCGAGAAACGGAGCUCCACCCGGGCAACCUCCGUAUAGGUUUCAGGGUAGAAUCGGCCGUGGUGGAAGGAUGAUAUUUGAUAGAUGGAAUCCUCUCAUGCAAGCUCCCAUCAAUUGCGGUAACUCUUUCCACAUUGCACCAAAACACCGGUCUUCCACCUUCAAUUAAACGCUCUUGUAAAACAAUUCUACCAUUGUCUUUGGUGAAGAGCGUGUACUCGGAUCAGAACUAUCUAUUAUGCCUGUGUGGAAGAAUCAGCAGGUUGUAUUAGCUCUUGUAUCUGUAGAUUCUUGUGUAUGUCUCCGGUUUUUCUCGGUUAAUGGAACAAAUUGGUUAACCAGAAUCCCGGUUAUCGUCUCA